AUGGCUUCAACUAGUCAUUCCGGCCAAAUUAGGAAUAGCGCCAGCCCAAGCGUAGUCGCCGUAAGCUCAGCCAAAGCGUCCUCGGCUGCAACAGCCAAACCCAGAUUCAGAUCUCGCACAGGUUGCUGGACUUGUCGCCGGCGCAAGGUGAAAUGCGAUGAACGUGGCCGGAACCCGGAGACAGUAGCUUACGCUGGCCCGCUUUCGAGCAUUUCCGGGUGCAAAAGAUGUGAAGACAGUGGCAGACCAUGCCGGGGCUACGGCGCCCAACCUCCAAGUGAACCUCCUCUAGUCGCCCAAUAUCCUUCAAGCAACCUCCACGCCGAUCCUUCACUCAGCUCUGCGCCGUUUUACUCCUUCUCCUCACAUGUUCACGAAUCCGUUAGCAAUUCGACCCCAUACUCGACCGCGACGGGCAACGUCGGAGGCGCACCAUGCUCUACUCCGCAUUCUACUCAAUGGACUCAUCCGUUUGAGCAGUCCAUUCCAGGAAGCCAGGCCAUCAGCUAUGGCCUUCGGAUGACACACAAUGUACAGCCCUCCUCUGGGCCUACACCCACCUCAGUUGGAGCUUCUUCUCUACCUCCACUGCAUCCGUCAAGCGUUUCUGUACCUUCAGGCGACCUGCGCCGUUAUUCCGUGCCAAGCUAUCCCACCUGGCAAAGAUCAUUCCAACCCCGGGACACCGGCCCGUACUCAUCCGGAGGCCUGGCGUGUAUUUCCGAAAGACUCCAACAUCUUUCAACCGAUUGCACCGUUUUACCAACUGAUCCAUAUCAAGCCUUGGGUUCGCAUGACUUGUCACCUCAUUAUAACCAUGAUCUCAAUGAAACCAAGCCUCAGCCUUUAUCAUUUGAUUUUGGACGUCCUCAUACCUCCAGUGGUGUUUCCUCAUCUUUGGACGAUACUCAGUCCCAUCAGGACAAACCGAAGACCUAUCGCAGUACAAUCGAUCCGAAUUCGCAAGCACUCAAAUCUAUAGGAGAGUCUGAACUUCAAUAUCCUGAUACGGCUUCAAUAUCCUCAACGGCUGUUUGCUCUGACGUCGCCACUAACGUUUGGUCAGAUCAAAAACCUGACCCAGCCUCACUCAUUGCUUUCAGACCGAUGACAUCAACGAAUAACAGUCACUCUGUAGCUAGUACUGCCCAAAAUACACUGUUUCCUUCUCAAGCAAACGACUCUAUGAACUAUCACCCCCACGAAGGCUUUCAAAACGUGGGCACGACAGAUAUCCCGAUAUUUCAUGACAUACCCUACGAUGUUUAUGCUAGCCAUCCUUCUUUGCACGCUAAACCGGGGAGCGCCGAAGAGCGUGAUAGUAAAUCGAAUGAAAAAUCUGCUGAACAGUCCUUCCAUCUGGUUCAAAUGGACACCAGCUGUCACCAAACGUUUGCCGAGAUGAUCACCCCCGACGCACACGAGAGCUUGGGUCUGAAUUGCUCUUACACCAGCUCAUGUCCUCUGCCAACUCCCACCGAAAAUGAAAAUGAACCAGCCCCGCAAAGGAAAGGAUCCUCGUCAUCCUCGUCAUCUUCACUCUCAACCCAAGAGCACAACGUUUCACCUACCACAUCGACCAUUCGACACUCUCUCCCCGGAAUUUCAGACAAAUGGACAUCAACAAACUGCUUUGUCCCGACUCUCGAAAAUCACCAUUAUGAUUUCCAGUCGAUUUUACACCACAAUACUGCUGACUGCCAAAAUAUUCGGGCCUAUGAGGACGACAGUCCAACUUCAACCGCGCCGUCCCAUAUGUCUGGUGCCGCUGGAGGAAAUUAA